CGAGCCCCGAGGUGACACGCACCUGACUGGAAAGCAGCUAUUCAUAACGAUAUAGGAAAAUUGUGGAUUUGAAUAUCACAAUCCGACAACGUAAUCUAACCAUGUUGGGGACUACUACUACUACUGUUAUCACUCAAUGGGUAGACCUGAAUAGAGGAAGAAUAUAAAUAUAAGUUAUUUGAGGAUAUCCUAGUUAGUUGACAGAUGUAUGAUUUUUUACUUUUUUUAGUGGAAUAUAAAUUUUCAGUAUUAUACGAGUUCUGAUUCCUUUAAUAUAAAACCUUCCAAAGUUGAUAUAAAAUUUAAAAUAAAAUCUUCAAUCAAACCAGCAAAGCACUUCAACUAGUUAUGGAAAAUCAAAGGGAAGACAAGCUCUAUUGUCAAACAUGCAAAAAAUACUUUACCUCCUCUGGAACUAGGAACAGGCAUAUCAGAACCAUGCAUCCUGAGAUUGAUUUUGAAAAUAAACGAAAGAAACAUAUUAUUUGCCCAUUGUGUAAAAACAAACCUUUCUCAUUUCAUGACCAUCUUGUGAAACAUUUAAUUUAUCAUCACAAAGUGAAGAUAGAAGUUUUAAAUUUAAAAUUUGCCAACUUUGAAGAAUUCAUAGCAUGGAAAACCCUAGAGAACAGAGAUGAAUAUGUCUGUGGUAGAACUGGCCCACAAAUUUUCAUUUAUCAUUGUAACAGGAGUGAUACAAGAGGGUUUGUUUCUACCUGUACCAAACGCAAGAAAAAAACAGGAGGAAGUAUCAAAAUGAUUGGAGUGUGCCCAUCAAGAAUUAUAGCUAGAGUUUUAGAAAAUGGAGAAGUGAUGGUACAAUUUCUAAAAACACAUAUAGGACAUGAAGAUGAACUUGAGAAGUUAAGUGUAGAUUUUUAUCAAAACAGAAAUAAUAUGGACGCUCAUAAGAAGGCAAAAAUUAUGGAGGGUGUAGUGAAAAUUGUUGAUGAUGGAAAUUGCCAAAUAAAAUCUACUUCAGAAAAGGACAAAGAUUACACUAUAACUAUAUCAUUAAAUGAAAUAUGUGAUGGAGGAAGUCGAACAGGUUAUUGUAAUGAAUGCAAGAUAUAUUCUAGUAACAGUGUUAAAACUGUUUCAGGUGGGGUUUUUGAAGAAGAUGAUAAUAAUUCAAUAAUCAGUGUUUCUGAAGAUGAUAAUAAUUCAAUAAUCAGUGUUUCUGAAGAUGAUAAUAAUUCAGUAAUCAGUGAGCCAUUAGCAAGCAGAGUACAGUACAAGAAUGAUGUACAACACGUUGUCCAGGAGACGUCCACUACUAGUAUCCAAGAUCCUAAUACAUCAUCCAAUUUAAAUAGACGAGAAAUCAUUCUGGCUGAAUUAAAUCAUUAUGUUGAACUACUGGAUAUUAAGCAAUUGGAGCAUUUGAAGUCAAUUGCAGAAUCAUUGGCAUCGAGUAAAGAUUAAAUAUCUAGAAAGAGGAAACUUGAGAAACAAACCUACCAUCCUAUAAAGAAAAAGAAGUUGGAUGAAUUGAAAUCACCGUGAAUUUGAUGGCUAUGGAAAGACCGAGGGAAAACUACACAAGGAUGUUUUGACGCCUAGACAAAAGCCUUUUUCCAACAUUUCCUUGGUAAACAGAGGAAGGAGGUUUAGUGGGUGCAAGCCCCCACACGAACUCACAGCAUUGAACAUGCCCCGCUGGAGGACAGCUGAAAAGCUUCCUUCACACAAUUAAUCCAUGUUCAGAAGAGGAUAAUAUAGACAAGAAUUUGUCUUGAUGUAUCUCAACAAAAGCAAUAGCAACAACUUUACUAGUUAUUGAUAUUAAAUGUUACUGUUCA